AUGGUCACUGCAAAUCAUUCAUCCCAGCUUUGCAUUCAUUGCCAUCGGAAACCGAGAUACAAUGAUGGCAACACCAUUCAUCCGUACUGCAGUAAAGCCUGUGCGAAAGCAGACAGCAAGCUCUGUGUGGUUUGCCAUGCUAAGCCCAAGUUCGGAAAUCACAACUAUUGCAGCAAGACAUGUGCUCAUAAAGCCAGUUCGAAUGGCGGGUCGAAACAUCCAGUCAAGGACGAGUGUCUGAUGCGCUGUGGAAAGCCUUGCUGCGGCAAGUUUCACUUCUGCAGCAAGAAAUGUGCGACAGAGGCGGAGAAGAAGGCACCGACGCUUCUCGAAAUCCCCAAGGACCAUGCGGCAUAUAAGAGUGUCAGUCACCAAUUUCAAGCUACCUGGAAAUACGGAACACCAUGCCCCACUGUGCAAAGAAUAUACCACGUCGUUUCCACAAACUCUUCUGUUAAAAAAUAUAAGGACUACCGCGCGGCAGUUGAGAGUAGAGGCAACUUCACGCAGAAAGGUAUGGCCAAGGGGAACGAAUCGCGCCGUUGGCACGGUACAACACGGGCGUGUAAGCUGGGGGAUAGCGGGCACACUACACUUUGCACCAGCGCCAGCUGUUCUCUCUGUGCCAUUUUGCGCACAUCGUACAUGAUCAAAUUCGUGGGUUCGCACACUGGCGGUGCAAGAUUUGGCCGCGGGAUCUACACAUCCUCGACGACCUCUGAGUCGAAUGGCUACGUAAAGAACGUCACGGCGUCUAGUUCGAAGGCAAUGCUCCUCAAUAAGGUUGUGGUCGGAAGGGGAUAUAAGACCCAAACCGACCAACCCUCGUUCACAGCACCUCCCGCGGGAUAUGACUCAGUCCUAGCAGAGCCAGGAGCCUCUCUAGACCACGACGAGCUGGUGGUCUAUCGGGAAGAUGCAGUUCGACCCGCAUACCUGGUUGUUUACUCUUGA